AUGGAGUGCGCCCUCCUGCUCGCGUGCGCCCUCCCCGCCGCCCGCUCGGGCCCGCCGUGGGGUCCGGCGGGGCUGGGGCGCGUGGCCAAGGCGCUCCAGCUGUGCUGCCUCUGUUGUGCGUCGGUCGCCGCAGCCUUAGCCAGUGACAGCAGCAGCGGCGGCGGCGGCGGAUUAAACGUUGAUUACGUCUUUGUCACGCCGGUAGAAGUGGACUCGGGCGGGUCAUAUAUUUCACACGACAUUUUGCACAACGGCAGGAGAAAGCGAUCGGCGCAGAGUGCCAGCAGCUCCCUGCAUUACCGAUUUUCAGCAUUUGGACAGGAACUACAUUUAGAACUUAAGCCCUCGGCGAUUUUGAGCAGUCACGUUAUCGUCCAGGUACUUGGAAAAGACGGUGCUUCCGAGACGCGGGAACCCACAGUGCAGCGAUGUUUCUAUCAGGGAUUUAUCAGAAAUGACAGCUCCUCUUCCGUCGCUGUGUCUACGUGUGCCGGCUUGUCAGGUCUAAUAAGGACACGAAAAAACGAAUUCCUCAUUUCACCGUUACCUCAGCUGCUGGCCCAGGAGCAUAACUACAGCGCACCUGCGGGACACCAUCCUCAUGUACUGUACAAAAGGACGGCUGAGGAGAAGGUCCAGCGUUGCCAUAGCUACCCGGGCUCCAGCGGGCAUCAUCCUGGUCACUCCCCAGCUCACACUCCCCUCACAUCUCGGAGUCAAGAGAGAGAGCAUCACCACCCAAGGUUGCAAAAGCAGCAUUUUUGUGGACGACGCAAGAAAUAUGCCCCUAAGCCUCCCACGGAGGACACCUAUCUCAGGUUUGAUGAAUAUGGGAGUGCAGGGAGACCCAGAAGAUCAGCUGGAAAAUCACAAAAGGGCCUAAAUGUGGAAACCCUUGUGGUAGCAGACAAGAAAAUGGUGGAAAAGCAUGGCAAGGCAAACGUGACCACGUACAUUCUCACGGUCAUGAACAUGGUUUCUAGCCUAUUUAAAGAUGGGACCAUUGGAAGUGACAUAAACAUUGUGGUGGUGAGCCUCAUUCUUCUGGAACAAGAACCUGGAGGAUUACUGAUCAACCAUCAUGCAGACCAGUCUCUGAACAGUUUUUGUCAGUGGCAGUCCGCCCUCACUGGAAAGAAUGGCAAGAGGCAUGACCAUGCCAUCCUGCUCACGGGAUUUGACAUUUGUUCCUGGAAGAAUGAACCAUGUGACACUCUAGGGUUUGCCCCCAUCAGUGGAAUGUGCAGUAAGUACCGAAGCUGCACCAUCAAUGAGGACACGGGGCUUGGCCUGGCCUUCACCAUCGCUCAUGAGUCAGGGCACAAUUUUGGCAUGAUUCAUGAUGGGGAAGGCAAUCCCUGCAGAAAGGCUGAAGGCAAUAUCAUGUCUCCCACACUGACAGGAAACAAUGGGGUGUUUUCCUGGUCUUCGUGCAGCCGGCAGUAUCUCAAGAAAUUCCUUAGCACACCUCAGGCUGGGUGUCUGGUGGAUGAGCCCAAGCAAACAGGACAGUAUAAAUAUCCGGACAAACUACCAGGACAGAUUUAUGACGCCGACACACAGUGCAAGUGGCAGUUUGGAGCAAAAGCCAAGUUAUGCAGCCUCGGGUUUGUGAAGGACAUUUGCAAGUCACUUUGGUGCCAUCGAGUGGGCCACAGGUGUGAGACCAAGUUUAUGCCUGCGGCGGAAGGGACCGUGUGUGGCUUGAGUAUGUGGUGUCGGCAAGGCCAGUGUGUGAAGUUCGGGGAGCACGGCCCCCGGCCUAUCCACGGCCAGUGGUCCGCCUGGUCCAAGUGGUCAGAAUGUUCGCGAACUUGUGGUGGCGGAGUCAGGUAUCAGGAGCGACACUGCAAUGACCCCAAGCCUCAGUAUGGUGGCAAGUUCUGUCCAGGGUCUAGCCGUAUGUAUCAGCUGUGCCAUAUUAACCCUUGUAAUGAAAAUAGCUUGGAUUUCCGAGCCCAGCAGUGUGCAGAGCACAACAGCAAACCUUUCCGUGGAUGGUUCUACCAGUGGAAACCCUAUACGAAAGUGGAAGAGGCAGAUCGAUGUAAACUGUACUGCAAGGCGGAGAACUUCGAAUUUUUUUUUGCGAUGUCUGGCAAGGUGAAAGACGGAACUCCUUGCUCCCCAAACAAACAGGAUGUUUGUAUCGAUGGGAUUUGUGAACCAGUGGGAUGCGAUCAUGAACUUGGCUCUAAAGCAGUUUUGGAUGCAUGUGGUGUUUGCAAAGGGGAUAAUUCGACUUGCAAGUUUUACAAAGGCCUGUACCUCAAUCAGCAUAAAGCCAACGCAUAUUAUCCAGUCGUCACCAUCCCAGUGGGGGCCCGAAGCAUCGAGGUCCAGGAGCUGCAGCUCUCUUCCAGUCACCUUGCAGUCAGAAGCCUGGGUCAGAAGUACUACCUCACGGGGGGCUGGAACAUCGACUGGCCCGGAGAGUUCCCCUUUGCUGGGACCGUGUUUGAAUACCAGCGGACCUUCAACCACCCAGAACGCCUGUAUGCGCCAGGACCCACCAACGAGACGCUGGUCUUUGAAGUCCUGAUGCAAGGCAAAAAUCCGGGCAUAGCUUGGAAGUAUGCACUCCCCAAGGUCACGAAUGGAACUCAGCCGGCCUCAAAAAGGCAAAACCACGCCUGGACCACAGUGCAGUCCCCGUGCUCCGUCUCUUGUGGUGGAGGUUACAUAAGUGUAAAGGCCGUUUGCUUACGAGAUCAAAACACUCAAGUCAGUUCCUCAUUCUGCAAUGCAAGAACCAAGCCAGCAACUGAACCCAAAAUAUGCAACGCUUUCUCCUGCCCUGCUUACUGGAAGCCGGGCGAGUGGAGCGUGUGCAGCAGGUCGUGUGCGGGGGGCCAGCAGAGCAGGAAGGUCCAGUGUGUCCAGAAGAAGCCCUUCCAGAAGGAGGAAGCCGUGUUGCAUUCGCUCUGCCCAGUGAGCACCCCGACGCAGGUGCAGCCCUGCAACAGCCAUGCCUGCCCCCCCGAAUGGAGCCUUGGGCCCUGGUCUCAGUGUUCCAAGAGCUGCGGGCGAGGGGUGAGGAAGCGUGAAGUCCUUUGCAGAAGCUCCGCCACCGCAGAGAAUGUCCCAGAGACCCUGUGCUCCAGCAGCCCGAAGCCAGAGUCCCAGGAGGGCUGUGUGCUGGGACGAUGCCCCAGAAACACCCGGCUGCAGUGGGUCGUCUCUUCCUGGAGUGAGUGCUCGAUGACCUGCGGCUUGGGCGUGAGGAGGAGGGAGAUGAAAUGCAGCGAGAAGCCCUUCCAGGGAAAGCUGAUCACCUUCCCGGAGCGAAGGUGCCGCAGUAUUAAGAAACCAAACCUCAACUUGGAAGAAACCUGCCAGCGAGGGACCUGUCCCGCCCGCCGCGGCUUCGGCGUGGCUGCUGGGUGGUUCCCAUCCCCGUGGCAGCAGUGCACGGUGACCUGUGGAGGGGGUGUGCAGACGCGUUCGGUCCACUGCAUGCAGCAGGGCCGGCCUGCCUCCAGCUGUCCGCUCCACCAGAAGCCUCCGGUGCUGCAAGCCUGUAAUACCAACUUCUGUCCGGCUCCUGACAAGAGAGAGGAUCCAUCGUGUGUCGAUUUCUUCAGCUGGUGUCCCCUAGUUCCUCAACAUGGCGUCUGCAACCACAAAUUUUAUGGUCAACAGUGCUGCAAGUCAUGCACGAGGAAGAGCUGA